UAUAAUAAGUAUUUAUAAAAUGAGAUUUCAUGUAUAAACAAAUAAGGGGACAAACCUAUAGACUAUUAGGUGUGUUAGGCAUACCAUCGGCAGCGGCUGCGGUAGUCAUACAAUUGGCAUACAAUCGACGCCAACAACAACAACAACAACAAUCCUCACAUCCUCAUCAGUGGUGGUGGUUAAGACAUGCCAGAGCCCGGGCAGUCAUUGGCGAUGGUAUUGAUAUCCGAUAUGUUUACGAUGUUUGCCAUAAAUCGAUAGUCAUGUGCACACAAAUCAUCGCAGAUAUAGCGGAUGAAGAACGCUAUGUCCAGGGAUGUCCUAUAGUGCUGAUCGAUGUCUACUAUCAGAACCAAUGGCUAGAACUGUACGGCCGAUCAGUCUAUGUUGAACAGCAUCUGGAUCUGGCACUCGUCCAACUGGUGGUGGCGGCCAACACUCGCGAAGAUGAUUAUGGCGUCUAUAAACCCCAGUCGUUUGCAUUGGCCAACGAUCGGGUACUGGCAUCGGAUAAACUGGGCGACGAAAUUGUUGCCUACGGUCACGGCGAUAUAGAUCAUACGGUACAUCCGGGUAUCGUAUUGGCCACUGGUAUGCCGAUGAAUACCGUAUCGCUAUCGGUGGGCGACUAUCAUGUAUUGUUGGUAACUGUCGCUACUGAUCAACAAGUAGUUGUCCAUUCAGGACAUUUGUUUUCUGGCUUUUCUGGCGGUCCGCUCAUUGAUAACCAGUUGAACAUUGUUGGUGUCAACUGUUUCCGUGGCCUAUAUAAUCGGCAAUUUAGUAUACCGUUUCGCUAUUGUAAUGAUUUUAUAGCCCGGGCCAGAAAUUAUACUAAUUAUAUGACUGAUAAACAUAGACAACGAGAUAAGGACAUGUAUUCAACAAAAUUGUUAGGUAUUAUUGUUGUCGUAACCAAUAUGUAUGGCCUUAACAACAGCAACACUGAUGAUAAUAAUAAUAGAUUUACUAUUGUCGAUAUAAUACCCGGAUCACAUUUUAAUGACUACUAUAUUGGCAGUGAUAUUGUGUCCAUAAUCAGUGGACAACCGUUUACUAAUAUCAGACAAUUGACUGACAGUCUCAAACAUAUUGAUACAAAAUUAACAUUAUUUGUUAGAAAACCUACCGUUCCCAUAAAUAUUAGACUAUAUAUACCGAUUUGCACCUAUGGUCAAAACGGUUUAUUGCCAACUGUUUGCUAA